UUAAAGCGUAUUCAUGUGUGUCCAAAACCACUGUUAUAUCAUAUCAUGCAGUGAAAAUCGUCGCACUAUUUCGUUUUUCGCGGAGAUGCAGAAGGAAUAAGUUGUAUGAAUGGGUGAUAAAAUGCGAGGAGUCUUGUUAUUCUUGGUGAUAGUGGCAGUUUCAUCUGUCAGAUCACUGCAUCCGCAACCGAAAGGCGAAACAUCUAAAGUAAAAGACAAUGCAAGCGCUAAUAACAAAAAUAGUUAUGGAUUUACCAAAACAAAAAAAGGUAAAAGGCCGAGCAGAAUUGGAAAUAUCGACGUUAAUUGGAUAAGAACAGUUGGUGCUGAUAUCGGUCUACGUGGUCUAGCUCAAGCUAAAGCCACAAACGGUGGAACAGAUGCACCAAACUACGCUAACUACGCGCCACCAGUAGAUGGUUUGAAGAGCUACAACACUAAUAAUCAAUAUAAAUCCAAAGAUAUUGACAUCACUCAAAAGUACAGUAACAAUAAAUUAAAUAUAAGUAGAGAAAUGUUAGGGAAAUAUUUAAGGGCAUACGGAAAUGGAGGCCAACAAACCGAUAACUCAAAUUCAAAUGCACAACAAUCAAACAUGUCCUGGAAGUUUAAACAGACAAAGAAUUACGACGGGAAUGUUCAAAUGGACGGAAACUCGGGAAAGCCAAAAAUAAAGAUCACUAAACAGAAAUAUUCAAACCAAUUCAAAAUAAACAAGGCUUAUGAUCCUUGGAAACCAGACUUUGGCACAAAUGAUUUCGGAAAUAAAGAGAGUCAAGUUCAACAGGUAACCACUUAUACCUCUGACUCCAACAAGUACAAAACAAAAGGAUUUGCAAAACCUAGUAAGCCAGUGUCUUUAAAUUACAAAACAGUGCAAACCCAAUUGAAGCCUGAUUUUGGUAAACCUGGUAAGCAAAAACUUCAAAGUCAACAAACAUCGUAUAAAUCAGCUGAAAACCUUGAAAAAUAUACGUUAUCAAAAUCUAGUAAAAAAUCUGUUACAAGUGAAUCUAUACAUAAUUCAAAUGGGAAACAAGUAGAAUACAAAUCUUCGGAAAUCAAAUUCGGUAAACCUCAGGUACAAAAAUCAUACAAAACAAAGAUGAUACCGGAGGUUAGUUAUAGAAACGCACAACCAUCGACUCAUAAAAAGAUGCCCCACAACUCGCCUGUGACAUUAUUAUCUUCAAACAACAAGAACAAGUUUGAAGACUUUGAAAAGGUUAAUACGAAAACAGUACUUGAAACUUUAAGAAAAGAAUAUUAUAAACAGCUAGGAAACAUGAAUGUGAAAAUGUAUUCCGUUGGAAAGCAAUCGACUCUAUAUGAUUCUGCUAAGAAUGGUAUGAAUCAACACAAGAUAAAGUAUAUAAAUAAUAUAAAUCCUGCUUAUUCGAAACUGGACAUGUCUGAAGUGCAAGGAUCCUAUGAUAAAAAGUCAAAUAAUCUUGAACAAAAUGUUAGAAGUUCGGUGACAAUGGUGCAAAAGUCCGAAAAAUUGAAACAUUUGACAUCUUACACAGGUAAAUCUGACUCGGGAUCUUCCUCAAAUAUGAUGCCGGACUUUGGUAAGCCAGAGAAGUCAACAAUCAACGUCAAUAAUGAUAAAAUCUACAAAUCUGGAAAAUCUACAUUCCCGAAAUCAGACUUUGGGAAGCCAGAAAGUGUUGUUACCUACAUUAAAAAUAAUGAUAAAUCAGGAAAACCUUCAUAUUCAAAACCAGACUUUGGGAAGCCUGAUAAUUCUGGAAAAUCUACAUACCCGAAACCAGAUUUUGGGAAGCCUGAUAAAUCUGUAAAAUCUACAUAUCCAAAACCAGACUUCGGGAAGCCUGAUAAUUCUGUAAAAUCUACAUACCCGAAACCAGACUUUGGGAAACCUGGUAAAUCCGGAAAAUCUACAUAUCCAAAACCAGACUUUGGAAAGCCUGACACAUCUGGAAAAUCUACAUACCAAAAACCAGACUUUGGGAAGCCAGAUAAUUCUGGAAAAUCUACAUACCCAAAACCAGACUUUGGGAAACCUGAUAGAUCUGGAAAAUCUACAUACCCAAAACCAGACUUUGGGAAGCCUGAUAAUUCUGGAAAAUCUACAUACCCGACACCAGACUUUGGGAAGCCUGGUAAUUCUGGGAAAUCAACAUAUCCGAAGAUAGACCUUGUUAAGCAAGAAAGUGUUGUUACCUACAUUAAAAAUGAUGAUAAGGUAGGAAAAUCUACAUACACAAAACUAGACGUUGGGAAGCUUGAUAAUUCUGGAAAAUCUACUUAUCUGAAACCAGACUCUGGGAUGCCUGGUAAGUCUGGAAAAUCCACAUACCCCAAACCAGACUUUGGAAAGCCUGGUAAAUCUGGAAAAUCCACAUAUCUGAAACCAAACUUUGGGAAGCCAGAUAAUUCUGGAAAAUCUACAUACCCAAAACCAGACUUUGGGAAACCUGAUAAAUCUGGAAAAUCUACAUAUCCAAAACCAGACUUUGGAAAGCCUGAUAAUACUGGAAAAUCUACAUACCCGAAACCUGACUUCGGGAAGCCUGGUUAUUCUGGGAAAUCAACAUAUCCGAAGAUAGACUUUGUAAAGCAAGAAAGUGUUGUCACCUACAUUACAAAUAAUGAUAAAGUAGGAAAAUCUACAUACACAAAACUAGACGUUGGGAAGCCAGAUAAUUCUGGAAAAUCUACAUACCCAAAACAAGACUUUGGGAAGCCUGAUAAAUCUGGAAAAUCUACAUAUCCGAAACCAGACUUUGGGAAACCUGAUAAAUCUGGAAAAUCUACUAAUCUGAAACCAGACUUUGGGAUGCCUGGUAAUUCUGGGAAAUCUACAUACCCGAAACCGGACUUUGAGAAGCCAGAUAGUCCUGGAAAAUCAACAUAUUUGAAACCAGACUUUGGGAAGCCAGAUAAUUCUGGUAAAUCUACAUAUCCAAAACCAGACUUUGGGAAACCUUAUAAAUCUGGAAAAUCUACUUAUCCGAAACAAAACUUUGGGAAGCCUGAUAAUUCUGGGAAAUCAACAUAUCUGAAACCAGACUUUAGAAAGCAAGAAAGUGUUGUUACCUACAUUAAAAAUAAUGAAAACAUAGGAAAGUCUACAUACACAAAACUAGACUUUGGGAAGAUUGAUAAAUCUACUUAUCUGAAACCAGACAUUGGGAUGCCUGGUUACUCUGAAAAGGCUACAUACCCAAAACCAGACUUUGGAAAGCCAGGUAGUUCUGAAAAAUCUGCAUAUCCCAAACCAGACUUUGGAAAACCUGACAAAUCUGGUCAAUCUGCAUAUCCAAAACCAGAGUUUGAGAUGCCUGGCAAAUUGGGAAAAUCUACUUAUCCGAAACCAGAAUUUGGGAUGCCUGAUAAUUCUGGAAAAUCUACAUAUCCAAAACCAGACUUUAGGAAGCCCGAUAAUUCUGGAAAAUCUACAUACCCGAAACCAGACUUUGGGAAGCCUGAUAAAUCCGGAAAAUCUACAUAUCCAAAACCAGACUUUGGAAAGCCUGACAAAUCUGGGAAAUCUACAUACCAAAAACCAGACUUUGGGAAGCCUGAUAAUUCUGGAAAAUCUACAUACCCAAAACCAGACUUUGGGAAGCCUGAUAAUUCUGGAAAAUCUACAUACCCGAAACCAGACUUUGGGAAGCCUGAUAAUUCUGGGAAAUCAACAUAUCCGAAGAUAGACUUUGCAAAGCAAGAAAGUGUUGUUACCUACAUUAAAAAUAAUGAUAAAGUAGGAAAAUCUACAUACACAAAACUAGACUUUGGGAAGCUUGACAAUUCUGGAAAAUCUACAUAUCCAAAACCAGACUUUGGAAAGCCUGACAAAUCUGGAAAAUCUACAUACCAGAAACCAGACUUUGGGAAGCCUGAUAAUUCUGGAAAAUCUACAUACCAAAAACCAGACUUUGGGGGGCCUGAUAAAUCUGGAAAAUCUACAUACCAGAAGCAAAACUUUGGGAAAACAGAAAGUGUGGUUACCUACGUUAAUAAAAAUCAAGCCGAAAAAUCUACAUAUCCCAAACCAGAUUUCGGCAAGCCUGAUAAAUCUGGAAAAUCUACAUACUCGAAACCUGACUUCGGGAAGCCAACAAGUGUAGCUUCUUAUAACGGAAAUAAUGAUAAACCAGGAAAAUUAUCAUACCCGAAACCAGACUUUGGGAAGCCAGAUAGUAUUGUUUCCUACGUGAAUAAAGAUAAAUCUGGAAAAUCCAUAUACCCGAAACCAAACUUUGGAAAGCCUGGUAAACCUGAAAAAUCUACAUACCCGAAACCAGACUUUGGGAAGCCUGGUAAACCUGAAAAAUCUACAUAUCCAAAACCAGAUUUCGGGAAGCCAGAAAGUGUAGUUUCCUACGUAAAUAAAGAUAAAUCUGGAAAAUCCACAUACCCGAAACCAGAUUUUGGAAAGCCUGGUAAAUCUGGACAAAACACAUACCCGAAACCAAACUUUGGGAAGCCUGGUAAACCUGAAAAAUCUACAUACCCGAAACCAGACAGCUCAGUUACAUACAAUGGAAAUAAUAAUAAACCAGGGAAAUCAACAUACUCGAAACCAGAUUUCGGGAAGCCUGAUAAACCUAAACAAUCUACUUACUUGAUACCAGACUUUGGGAAACCAGAAAGUGUAGUUUCCUACCAGGUAAAUAAUGAUAAAAGCGUUGAAGCUAAAGGAAAGGUAAUGAAAACAGUUUCCUUCACAGCAGCUAAUAAUAAACUUAAAUCUGAAAAGUUUGAAAAACCUACAAAUUCAAAAAUAAGUUAUGUAAAGCCUGAAAGUCCAGUUAUCUACAAACCAGUUGAUGGACAACAAAAGAAAGAAAUUCAAGGGAAUGCAAACUAUGACAAACCAAGUCAAAAGGUAGGAAGUAUUAAGUACAUUAAACCGGACUUUCAAAAGCCGAGGGAGGCAAAUUCCAACAUGUAUUCGGAAAAUAUCCCAGACAAACCAAACUUUGGUAAACCAGAAAAGUCAAAGGGCGCAGAUUCUUACAGACCAACUAAUGAAAAUCAAAAUCUGAACUUCGGAAAGCCUGGUAAAGCAAAACCAUACAAUGUACUUAAUAAUAAACCUUCUGUUGGCAAACCUUAUAAGCCUACAUUUAGAAAUACAGAGACUAAAAGCAUGAAUGGAAACACAUACAAUCCAUCAGAGGAAACGUAUCUUACAUCAGCAUCUCAAAAUAUUGAUAUAAAUGCAAAAUCUGUUUUAGAAACCCUUAAAAGAUUUUACAUGCUUCAAAAUAAAGGAACAACAGGAUCAAAUUCUGUCGCCGGCAAAUUCGAUUUUGGCAAGCCAGAAAAAGAAAAUUCCUACAAACCAGUAUCCAAAGGAUCAACAAGCUAUCAACCUGAGCAGAGCAAAUCUAAAAAGAUUAUGAUUGAUAAAUCAAAAGCUAACACUGACAAGGUCAAGCCUUAUCAACCUAAAUACGAACAAAAACAAAACAAUUAUCCAUCAAAACCUUAUUUCGGUAAACCGUCUAAACCAGAUUCUAUUAGCUCAAACACAGUUGUAUCAAAACCAAUCUCUAAGUCAAAAAAAGUUAAAACCAUUUUUGAAGGAAAGGUUGUUUCUUCAGAAAACACAGUAGACUACAGUCAGUCACAACUUGAUAUCAGAGAUAUACUUUCAAAGAGUUCCCUUUUAAACAAAUUAUCUUCAUCAAGUUCUAACAAAUUUGAUUUUGGAAAUGCAAAGAGUGUGUUGGAGGCCUUGAACAACAUGUAUUUAACUCAAAACAAUAUGAACAAUCAAAAUCGUUUGGUAAAGGCGUCUAAAUCUACCAUGACACAAUCACAGUCUUAUCAGCCUACGUACGGACAGAAUAUGGAUAAUAGCAAAACGAAACCUAACUUUGGAAAGCCUUCAAAACCUCAAAACUAUCAGCCUUCAAGCGGACAAAACAAUGAUAAUAGUCAAGUAAAACCUAAUUUUGGAACGCCUUCCAAACCUCAGACUUAUAAACCUACAAGCGUAAAUUACAAAGAUACUAGUAUUUCAAAACCUGACUUUGGAAAACCUUCAAAGCCUCAAAUAUAUAAGCCUCAAAAUGGGGACAUGAGCAAUAACAGUCCAGCGAAACCUGAUUUUAGAAAACCUUCAAAACCCCAGCCCUACCAACCUCAAAAUGGCAAAAACACCGACAACAGUCAAGUGAAACCUAACUUUGGAAAACCUUCAAAACCCCAGACGUAUCAACCUCAAAACGGGCAAAACAAUGAUAACAGUCCAAUGAAACCUGUUUUUGGAAAACCUUCAAAACCUGGGACUUAUCAACCUCAAACUGGGCAAAACAAUAAUAACAGUCCAAUGAAACCUAGUUUUGGAAAACCCUCAAAACCCCAGACUUACAAACCUCAAACUGGGCAAAACAAUAAUAACAGUCCAAUGAAACCUGUUUUUGGAAAACCUUCAAAACCCAAUGCUUACAAACCUCAAACUGGGCAAAACAAUAAUAAUGGUCCAAUGAAACCUGAUUUUGGAAAACCGUCAAAACCCACGGCUCACCAACCACAAAACGGACAAAACAAUGAUAACAGUAUAGUAAAACCAGACUUUGGAAAACCUUCAAAACCCCAGCCCUACCAACCUCAAAAAGGUCAAAACACAGACAACAGUCAAUUGAAGCCUAACUUUGGAAAACCAUCGAAACCCCAGACUUAUCAACCUCAAACAGUACAAAACAAUGAUAACAGUCCAAUGAAACCUGGUUUUGGAAAACCUUCAAAACCCAAUACUUACCAACCUAAAUCUGGGCAAAACAAUGAUAAAAGUCCGAUGAAACCUGAUUUUGGAAAACCUUCAAAACCCGGUACUUAUCAACCUCAAACUGGACAAAACAAUAAUAACAGUCCAAUGAAACCUGUUUUUGGAAAACCUUCAAAAUCCCAGUCCUACCAACCUCAAACUGGGCAAAACAAUAAUAACAGUCCAAUGAAACCUGGUUUUGGAAAACCUUCAAAACCCAAUACUUACCAACCUAAAUCUGGGCAAAACAAUGAUAAAAGUCCGAUGAAACCUGAUUUUGGAAAACCUUCAAAACCCGGUACUUAUCAACCUCAAACUGGACAAAACAAUAAUAACAGUCCAAUGAAACCUGUUUUUGGAAAACCUUCAAAAUCCCAGUCCUACCAACCUCAAACUGGGCAAAACAAUAAUAACAGUCCAAUGAAACCUGGUUUUGGAAAACCCUCAAAACCCAAUACUUACCAACCUCAAACUGGGAAAAACAAUAAUAAUGGUCCAACGAAACCUGAUUUUGGAAAACCUUCAAAACCCGGUACUUAUCAACCUCAAACUGGGCAAAACAAUGAUAACAGUCCAAUGAAACCUGUUUUUGGAAAACCCUCAAAACCCAAUGCUUACCAACCACAAAACGGGCAAAACAAUGAUAAUGGUCCAAUGAAACCUGAUUUUGGAAAACCGUCAAAACCAACAGCUUACCAACCACAAAACGGACAAAACAAGGAUAACAGUCAAGUAAAACCAGACUUUGGAAAACCUUCAAAACCCCAGCUCUACCAAUCUCAAACUGGGCAAAGCAAUGAUAACAGUCCAAUGCAACCUGUUUUUGGAAAACCCUCAAAACCCAAUGCUUACCAACCACAAAACGGGCAAAACAAUGAUAAUGGUCCAAUGAAACCUGAUUUUGGAAAACCGUCAAAACCAACAGCUUACCAACCACAAAACGGACAAAACAAGGAUAACAGUCAAGUAAAACCAGACUUUGGAAAACCUUCAAAACCCCAGCUCUACCAACCUCAAAAUGGCAAAAACACAGACAACAGUCAAAUGAAACCUAACUUUGGAAAACCAUUGAAACCCCAGACUUAUCAACCUCAAACUGGGCAAAGCAAUAAUAAUGAUCCAAUUAAACCUGAUUUUGGAAAACCUUCAAAACCCAAUGCUUACCAACCACAAACUGGGCAAAACAAUAAUAAUGGUCCAAUUAAACCUGAUUUUGGAAAACCGUCAAAACCCAAUGCUUACCAACCACAAAACAGACAAAACAAUGAUAACAGUCAAGUAAAACCAGACUUUGGAAAACCAUCGAAGCCCCAGACGUACCAAGCUCAAAAAGGGCAAAACACGGAUAACAGUCAAAUAAAACCUAACUUUAGAAAACCUUCAAAACCCGAGACUUACCAACCUAAAAUUGGACAAAACAAAGCUAACGGUCCAACUAAACCAGACUUUGGAAAGCCUUCAAAACCUCAGAAUUAUCAUACCUCAGAUAUGAACAAUGCAUUAGAGAAAACCGGACAAACUCAAUCUGAAGUGAAGUACGGUACGUCAAAGCAAAAUAAUGUCAAACAAAAUUUUGCAAAAGAUGUAUUCUUUAAGAAAUAUUUAUCAUCGUCAACUCAAACUUUAAAUUUGAAAAAUGCUAAAAAUAUGUUGGAACAACUAAAAAAGAUGUAUUUGAUUAACAGAAUAAAAUCAACCACUGGGUUUGGCAAGAACAUCCAAAAUUACCAAGGACAAAACAAAGAUAACAGUCAAACAAAAUAUAGUGCUAAAACUAUGCCAAAUAAACAUUUGCCAACAUUCGGAAAACCAGACAAACCAGAUGUUAACAACAACGGAUAUACUGUUAAAACUAUGCCGGAUAAACCUUUACCGAAAUUCGGAAAACCAGACAAACCAGAUUUUAACAACAAUCGAUAUCCUGGUAAAACUAUGCCAAAUAAACCUUUACCGAAAUUCGGAAAACCGGAUAAGCCAGAUGUUAACAACAACGGAUAUACUGGUAAAACUAUGCCGGAUAAACCUUUACCGAAAUCCGGAAAACCAGACAAACCAGAUGUUAACAACAACGGAUACACUGGUAAAACUAUGCCAAAUAAACCUUUACCGAAAUUCGGAAAGCCAGAUAAACCGGAUUUUAACAACAACGGAUAUCCUGGUAAAACUAUGCCAAAUAAACCAUUACCUAAAUUCGGAAAACCAGACAAACCAGAUUUUAACAACAACGGAUAUGCUGCUAAAACUAUGCCAAAUAAACCAUUACCGAAAUUCGGAAAACCGGGUAAGCCAAAUUUUAACAACAACGGUUAUACUGGUAAAACAAUGCCAAAUAAACCUGUACCGAAAUUUGGAAAACCAGACAAACCAGAUAUUAACAACAACGGAUAUCCUGGUAAAACUAUGCCAAAUAAACCAUUACCGAAAUUUGGAAAACCAGACAAACCAGAUAUAAACAACAACGGAUAUGCUGCUAAAACUAUGCCAAAUAAACCAUUACCGAAAUUCGGAAAACCGGGUAAGCCAAAUUUUAACAACAACGGUUAUACUGGUAAAACAAUGCCAAAUAAACCUUUACCGAAAUUUGGAAAACCAGACAAACCAGAUAUUAACAACAACGGAUAUACUGGUAAAACUAUGCCAAAUAAGCCUUUACCGAAAUUCGGAAAACCGGGUAAGCCAGAUAUUAACAACAACGGAUAUACUGGUAAAACAAUGCCAAAUAAACCUUUACCAAAAUUCGGAAAACCGGAUAAGCCAGAUAUUAACAACAACGGAUAUACUGGUAAAACAAUGCCAAAUAAACCUUUACCAAAAUUCGGAAAACCGGAUAAGCCAGAUGUUAACAAUAACGGAUAUGCUGCCAAAACAAUGCCAAAUAAACCUUUACCUAAUUUUGGAAAACCAGACAAACCAGAUUUUAACAACAACGGAUAUCCUGGUAAAACUAUGCCAAAUAAACCUUUACGGAAAUUCGGAAAACCGGAUAAGCCAGAUGUUAACAAUAACGGAUAUGUUGCUAAAACUAUGCCAAAUAAACCAUUACCGACAUUUGGAAAACCAGACAAACCAGAUUUUAACAACAAUGGAUAUCCUGGUAAAACUAUGCCAAAUAAACCUUUACCGAAAUUUGGAAAACCGGAUAAGCCAGAUGUUAACAACAACAGAUAUACUGGUAAAACAAUGCCAAAUAAGCCUUUACCGAAAUUCGGAAAACCAAAUCAGCAAGAACUGACUAAUAACGGUUAUAAGGUAAAAACUAUGCCAAGUAAACUACCGAAAUUUGGAAACAAAAAUAAGCCGGAAAUGAACAACAACGUUUAUGGACAAAACGCAACACCUAUCAAAUAUAUUUCAAGCUCCGGUAAAUCGGGAAAUCUUAAAAUUCUUAACAAACAAUUACUGAACAUUGAGAAGUCAAACAAUCAAAACUCUUAUAGUGGAUAUAGUUCAAUAAAUAACAAACCAAACUUCGGAAAACCGGGAAAGCCAGAAUUUAACAACAAUGGUUACAUUUCAAAAACAGCUUCAAAUUCAAACAAUCAAAAUGACAAAGCUGUUUAUCAACCUACGCCUAUAUCCGGUAAACCUGUAUUCAAAAACAACAAAUACGAUUCAUCAAGAGGGAACCAAAUGCAGUCUAAAAUCACUAGCCAAACUUCACGCUCUGGAAGUGUUAACUAUGAUAUCAAUUACAAAUAUCAAAGACAAAAUGCAGGACAAACAUCAGGAAAACAAUAUUCUACAGCAGAACUUAACUUGUAUGAUAUAACAAGUACAAACCCAGAAAAAACGAGCUUCGUUUUAAAAACUAUGAGAAAACUGUAUUUAGAACAGCAAGGCAAUCUUCUAAACAAUAAUCAAGCAACUGGACAAAAUACAUAUCAAUCACAAAACAAUGUCAAUACAGCACCGGUUAAACCGUAUCAGCAAAACAUACAACAAUAUGCAAAGCAAAACAAUGUAAAUGUCACAUAUAAUUCACAACAGCAGAACCUCCCCUCAAACAACACACCCCAAAAAGCCUAUCUACCGAACAAACCUGAUGCACCAAACCAAAAUAAACCAAACUACGAAUCGCCUAUUGUGAUAACCAAAUCGUCCAAACAAACUAAUUAUGGUACAAAUUCUGCUGUUUCGAGUACAUCAACUGAAAAAACUAGUGAAACUACAUAUAACACUGACAUCGUAAUCGAAGUAAGUAACGGAGCAAACGGCAAUGGGGUUAUAUAUGGCACAAAUGCACAACCGGACAACGUACAAGGAGCAUCUGCAAAUAAUAAUCAAGGCACCGGAGCACACAACUGUACAGUUAUUAAACCUUGCUGUGGAAAUGACGAUUUCACUUAUUUGUCAGAGUGUUUCUUACCGGCAUCUGUAAAGAAAAAGUGUGAUGGUUUCUGUCCAUGCCCAGCUUUGACUACAUAUACCGACACUGCAGGUUUAAAACCUAUAGUUUCAUCAAACAACGGUAAUAACGGCGUUAGUGGGGUUGGGGCUAAUAAUCAGGCCAGCGUGACUUAUGGAGCUGGGGGAGGAGAUGCGGCUAACGGGAACGAAGGAACUAGUUACGGAGGAGGGGCUGAUCAGGGGCAGGGAGGCUAUAGUAAGACGGGAUCUCUGAGACAAUUUUGCGCCCAAAAAUGUAGAGGUACCAGAUUUAGCCCAGUGUGUACAGCGCAAGGUAGCACCUUUAACAAUGAGUGUAUUGCAAGAUGCAGGGGCGAGGUACCAGCAUGUAAAGGGGCGUGUCCAUGUAAUAAUGAUAACAUAGACGCAGGAUAUAAUGGGAAUAGAAACGCUGACAGCGGCGGUCAUAACCGGGAUGACAUAGAUAUGAAAUAAAACCAUUUUCGACACAGUUGAAGGAUACCAACAUACAAAGAGGGACCCGGUAUAAUAGAAAAUUAUUUUGACACUUGUUCAGAUUAAUCAACUCUGAAAAAAAAAGUAUCUCGAUCAUUUAAGACAACAAUGUGUUUUAAUGUUUAACCGAAAAUAUUCCGUAUAGAAGACCUAUUAAAAGUGAACGUUAACAAUUUACUUAAAAUACUCGGCGUCAACGUGAACACUCGUUUGUUUUUUCGUUUUGUAUCACACUGUUAUUGGUUGGUUUCAUUAAAAACCAGGAAUUCAA